GCGGGUCGGACCCGGGCGCCCGGAGCGGCGAGGCGGAGCGGCCGGCGGCGGCGGCAUGGCCGGGCGGCGGGUGAACGUGAACGUGGGCGUGCUGGGCCACAUCGACAGCGGCAAGACGGCGCUGGCGCGCGCGCUCAGCACCACGGCCUCCACCGCCGCCUUCGACAAGCAGCCGCAGAGCCGCGAGCGCGGCAUCACGCUCGACCUGGGCUUCUCGUGCUUCUCGGUGCCGCCGGCGGCGCCCGGCGAGCCGCUGCUGCAGGUCACGCUGGUCGACUGCCCCGGGCACGCCUCCCUCAUCCGGACCAUCAUCGGCGGGGCCCAGAUCAUCGAUCUGAUGAUGCUGGUCAUCGACGUGACCAAGGGGAUGCAGACCCAAUCGGCAGAAUGCCUCGUGAUUGGCCAGAUCGCCUGCCAGAAGCUGGUUGUAGUGCUGAACAAAAUAGACCUCCUAGCCGAAGGGAAGCGACAGGCAGCCAUCGACAAGAUGACGAAGAAGAUGCAGAAGACCCUGGAGAACACCAAGUUCCGGGGCGCACCGAUCAUACCCGUGGCGGCCAAGCCGGGGGGCCCGGAGGCCCCCGAAACUGAAGCUCCGCAGGGCAUCACUGAGCUCAUCCAGCUCCUGAAGUCCCAGAUCUCCAUCCCGGAGAGGGACCCCUCGGGCCCGUUCCUCAUGUCUGUGGACCACUGCUUCUCCAUCAAAGGCCAGGGCACCGUGAUGACGGGGACCAUCCUCUCGGGCUCCAUCAGCCUCGGUGACAGCGUGGAGAUCCCUGCCCUCAAGGUGGUGAAGAAGGUCAAGUCCAUGCAGAUGUUCCACACGCCGGUGGCCUCGGCCGUGCAGGGAGACCGCAUGGGCGUCUGCGUCACGCAGUUCGACCCGAAGCUGCUGGAGCGCGGGCUGGUGUGCGCCCCCGGCUCGCUGCACACGGUGCACGCGGCGCUGGUCUCCGUGGAGAAGAUCCCCUACUUCCGGGGCCCGCUGCAGACCAAGGCCAAGCUGCACAUCACCGUGGGCCACGACACCGUCAUGGGCCGCCUCCUCUUCUUCAGCCCCGAGCCCGAGCGCUUCGAGCAGCCGCCGCAGCUGGACGCCUUCGACUUCUCCCGCGAGUACCUCCUCCAGGACCAGCUCCUCGGCCCCGACGGCGCCGACGGCCGCUGCCCCCGGCAGCAGUGGGCCCUGGUGGAGUUCGAGAAGCCCAUCACCUGCCCGCGGCUGUGCCUGGUCAUCGGCUCCAGGCUGGACGCCGACAUCCACGCCAACACGUGCCGCCUGGCCUUCCACGGCCGGCUGCUGUGCGGGCUGGUGGACAGGAACUACGCAGAGAGCGUGCUGCCCGCGCUCAGGGUCUACAAGCUCAAGCACAGGCACGGCCUCGUGGAGCGGGCCAUGGACGACCACAACGUGAUCGGCCGCUCCCUGUUCAAGAAGGAGACCAACAUCCAGCUGUUCGUGGGGCUCAAGGUGCAGCUGUCCACUGGGGAGCUGGGCGUCAUCGACAGCGCCUUCGGCCAGAGCGGCAAGUUCAAGGUCCACGUCCCCGGUGGCCUGAGCCCCGAGUCCAAGAGGAUCCUGGCGCCGGCCCUCAAGAAGCGUGGCCGGGGCCGCGGGGAGGCGGCCCGGCAGGAGGAGGGGACGGAGCGGCCGGAGCCCCCGCAGCACGUGACGCUGAGCCUGUCCUUCAAGCGCUACGUCUUCGACACCCACAAGCGCAUGGUCCAGUCGCCCUGAGGGACCCGGGGACGGGCCCACUGGCUGCAGUGCCAAAUACUCCACCAGACGUGCCUCCGCCCUGCAGGGCCACUGCCCAGCCCUGGGGAGAAGCGGGGACCGGGGGCUGGGGGACCUGGAGGGCUGUCGCCCAUUCCUGCAGCUGCUGGUCUGGGGCAGCCACCAGGCCUGGCUAGGAAAGGGCCUCGGCCAGAGAGCCGCCGCCUGCCAGGCUGCCCCUGCCUGGGCCACCUGGAGGCUGUAAAUAAACAUGGCAUG